ACGAAUUAUAUAGUUUCGUCAUCGUCACUGCUGGAACAAUCUGGUGUUUCGACUUUUGUCAUCAUUCAUCGCGGUUGUCUACUGGGUAUAUAUCUAUCCCAUAUAAAGCCGGUGAGCCAACGCAACAUCUUGAGCUGGCCUUUAAUCUUCAUCCGAAAUUUUGUCUCCAUUUUUACGAUUCUGGAAAUAUUCGGAUAAGCCAACCAGAAUAUAUCAUAUUACCACAAAACCACAAUCGAGGUCAUCGGCCUUGCCAUUCAGGCAAACUUAAGUGUGAUAACGUAAAGAAGUACCACCAAGUACCACCAAGAUGGGCCAGGAAGCAUCUCAUUCGCAAAUCAAUCCUGAUGAUCCUCCUCAUACGCUUUCCGCCCGUUCUAUCGAAGGGAUCGCCGAGUUUAUCAAAAGUGGUCAAGCAAAGAAAAUCGUUGUUUUGACCGGAGCAGGCAUAUCCACAAGUGCAGGUAUACCAGACUUUCGUUCACCAGAGACCGGCAUAUACGCACAUCUGGCCGAACUUGAUCUUCCUUAUGCAGAAGCUGUUUUCGAUAUCGACUUCUUCCGCGAGAAUCCAGCUCCUUUUUAUGUUCUGGCAAAAGAACUCUAUCCCGGCAAAUUCUACCCUACAAUAUCACAUGCUUUCAUCGCGUUGAUUGAAAAGAAAGGAUUGCUUAGAAUGCUCUUUACACAAAACAUCGAUUGUUUGGAACUUCGAGCGGGAGUUCCUUGGGAAAAGGUCAUUGAAGCCCAUGGAAGUUUUGCUACCCAAACGUGCAUUGACUGCAAGACCGGAUAUCCCGAUGAUAUGAUGAAGGAAGCCAUAGAGGAAGGAAACCCUGCGACUUGUUUGGUUCCACAAUGUGGUGGUCUAGUUAAACCAGAUAUUGUCUUCUUUGGUGAACAGCUUCCAGAAGCCUUUCACCGCCAUAGAAUGAUUCCCGCGACAGCUGAUCUAGUCAUUGUGAUGGGUACCAGCUUAAGUGUCCAGCCCUUUGCUAUGCUGCCAAGCCUACCCCCUGAUAAGGUUCCAAGACUAUUGUUCAACAAGAUUUCUGUAGGCGAUUUUGGGAGUAGGUUGGAUGAUGUAGUUGUUCUUGGUGAUUGUGACACUGGUGUCAGGAAACUAGCCGAUGCCUUGGGAUGGCGAGAGGAAUUGGAAGAACUAUGGAUGUCAAUUGGAGGAAAUACAAGGCAAAAAGAAGCCGAGAAGGCCGCAGAAGCUAGGCUCAACAUGUCAAGAGACGAACGCCAUGAAGUAGACAUCGAAAAGCUGACGACUGAAAUUGAUGAAGCAUUAAAGUUUUCCGGCAACCAUACCCACAGGGUAAUUGCCGACCUUCAGAAAAACCCGACCAUAAAUCCAGCAGCCUCACCUCCGCCUGCUGAAGCUAUGCCUACGCGGGCAUCCACAGAAUUCACUGCUGAUAAGGUAAGAACGCCUCGAGCUAUACUUCUACUUUGGGGUUCAUGGGGUUUGGAUCAACAGUACUAACUAAAUACCUGUUAGAACUCACUUCUUGUAGAUAUCGCGAAUGGAAUAGCAUUGAAGGAAGCGACAACCAUUGUUCGAUCGACGCCGAUUAUUGACGAAAAAGGCGCCACAAUUGAGCUAGCGCUUGCGGACUUACAUUCCUCGGCCGGCGAUGAAAACUCGAGUGUUGUGCUUGAUGCGACAAUGCCUCAGAAUAUGCCAAACUCUUUCAACCUCACAACAAACUCUUGAUCAUGAUAAAAAAAAACAUGCUAUCCACUCAAGACCAAGUUUGGAGGAACGACAGAUUCGAAAACUUUGCCUUUCGUUUGACUACUUCACACUACGUAAAUUGACAAGAUGUAGUUAAAUAGAGCUGAAGUUUUGCGGGAGCACAUACCUAGGAAUGAAACAAGAGAGAACCCUGUCAACAUGUACGGUACAAGCCAGUAUGAAUUAAUCCCAUAAACUAUUUCAAGUCGAGGAUCAUAAAUGUUAUCCAAAUCC